AUGAACGGAAGAAAAUGUCUUAGAGCUUUGGCGAUAUGUGCAAGUUAAUUUAAUUUAUUCAGCGUAUAUGAGACUAUGCAGUUGUUUACCUGCGCCUUCUCAUACUUGCUCCCGGUGAAACUCUUACAUUAUGAUUUGCAAUUGUUUGGGCUGUUGAUUUUGAUCAUCUUAAUGUUGAAUUAAUAAAAGAAUAUAUAUUCUCCUCCAUGGAUUUUCAAGUGGUGGCAGCACUUGCUCUCUUUGUUGUUGGUGGAUUAAGCACUUGUACAGCUAGCUAUGGCUUCUUCGGACAAUCUUCAUGGCUGCUUGAGGAUCUUUUAUGUGGUCUUUGCCUUCUUUUCUGCUUUCAUUCUUGGUGCCCUUAAAGCUUUGUUAGUGGGUCCUAUUGCUGCUUCAAUACUUAUAGGAGGGAAUGUUGGGGUGAUUCUGGUUAUGUUUCCUCCACAUGUUGCCUGGACAGUUUACACCCUUAUAAAGACUAAUAGAUUUGAUGCACUACUUAAAGCUGCCCUCUUGGUUGUUUUGCCUGUUUUAUUUGGUAUUUGGUUGGCUUUAAGCAUAGCUACUAGUGCUCUUGUGGGAGUUGGGUAUGGAUUCUUUGCUCCUUGGGUAUCCACCUUUGAGGCCUUUAGACAUAAUAGUGAAUCUAAGAAGUUCUACCACUGUAUUGUGGAUGGAACAUGGGGAACCAUUAAAGGAAGCUGCACUGUAGUUACAGAUUUUGCUGAUAUAUGCUAUCAUUCUUACCCUCUCUACUUGAAGGAGUUGCGUGAUUCCCCUUCUUCAAAUGAGCAUCAACCUCUUAGGUUCAUUCAUGUGCCUGGAUUCAUCAUGGCUGGGCUGGUGGGGCUAAUAGUGGACAUUCCCCUUUUCACUGCAAUUGCUAUAGUAAAGAGUCCAUAUAUGUUGUUCAAGGGUUGGUUGCGACUGAUACAUGAUCUGAUUAGCCGAGAGGGUCCAUUUCUUGAAACAGCUUGCAUUCCUAUUGCUGGCUUGACAAUCCUUCUGUGGCCUCUUAUUGUUGUUGGGAGCAUACUUGUGACCAUUUUCUCGAGCAUUUUCAUUGGAUUGUACGCAUCAGUUAUAGUAUAUCAGGAAAGAUCUUUCCGGAAAGCUAUAGCUUAUGCGAUUGCAAUGGUCGCAGAAUUUGAUGAGUAUACAAAUGAUGGGCUCUAUCUUAGGGAGGGGACCUUUCUGCCAAAGCCCCGCUAUCGAAAGAAAAAGGCGUCAAACUCUUCAGAGCUUUCAGUAGGAGGAAAUCAUGGGAAGCUUGGUCCUGUUACUGCAGAACCUUCUGCAAUGCUUGUGCCAAGCUUGGCUCCUUCAAGGUCUGUUAGGGAGGCAAUACAAGAAGUGGAAAUGGUUCAGAUAUGGGGAGCUAUUAUGAGGUCAUGUGAAACAAAGGGAAGGGAACUUUUGGAUGCUGGUGCAUUAACACCAGCUGAUCUCAAUGACUAUCUCAAGGCCAAGAAUGCCAAUGAAGGAGCUAUCCUUGGUGUUGGCUUGCCAUGCUAUUCAUUGUUGCAGACUCUGUUUUACUCCAUCAAAGCCGGUUCAAAUGGUUUUGUGCUGGUUGAUGGUGUCGAAAUCACAUAUUUGAACAGACCUAAUGACAAAUUAUUUGACUGGUUUUUUCAACCUUGGUUGGUGGUUAAAGAACAAAUCAGGGUCAUCAAAUUGGAAGAAGGGGAAGAAAGAUUCUUGCAAAAGGUUGUUCUGUUCGGAAAUGAUACGCAACGGAUAGAAGCUUGGGAUAAUGGCAGUUUAGUACCUCAAGAGGCUCUAAGAGCUGCUCAAAUCCAGGGCAUCAGUAGAAGGAUGAUAGGAAUGGUUAGAAGCGUAACGAAGUUUCCGACAUACAGAAGGAGGUUUCGACAAGUUGUGAAGGCACUAAUAUGUUAUUGUACAGACAAAGAGGGUGUUGUGAGAUCCAACUCCAUGCGAUCAAUCGCUUGCGUUGAAGACAUGGUGUGAAUUUAAGCAUCGUUAAUUACUUUCAGAUUGUAUGUAAGCUCAUAGUUAAGUGAAUUUAUUCUCUAGGUUAUCAGCCCAUUGUUAAUUCCUAAUGGAAAGAUGAUCAAUUAAUUAAAAGACUACCAAGCUCCAUGCAUACCGAA